GCGUAUAAACACAAACCCUAGUUUUAUCUCUCUAGAAUCGUAGAGAGAGAGAGAGAGAGAUUCCUUUUUAUCUCUUUCUCGCUCCUUCGUUGUUUCCUACUUUCGUUUCGUGGAAGUUGCAGAGCUUGACCCCAAACCCCUUUUCUUUUCCCCUUUCCUUUUCCCACAACCUAUAAGGUUCCCGCCACUUCUUUCUUGUCUUUAUCUUGGAUGUGAGAGUAAGGCUACGGUUGUUUUUACUAGGAAAGGAGAAGCGUUGUAGAUGGACUUGUCUACCAAUGAUUAGUUCAGUGAAGAGUUUUUUUAGCCUACUUCAAUAAUUUUGUUGAGGAAUUGCUAUUGAAUCGUAAUAACUGAAGUUUUAGAAGAAGGGUUUGACUUUUGAGCUUUUUAGCAGACUUUGGAAUCAUGCCUGUUUCAGGACAUGAAGAGACCGGGGUAAAGUCCUUUGCUGGGCAAUUUAGUGGUUUAGUUGCAGGUGUGCCAAUCAAGAAAAGGAGGUUCCCUUCGUUUCAGCCUUCUUCACCAGUGUCUGAGGAACCUUGUUCACUCACUGAAGAAACUGAGUUACCACGUAAAGAAAACUCAAGCACUUCUCAAGGAUCAACUUUAUCAAAUGUUAGUAUUGCAGGUGCACCAAUCAAGAAAAGAAGGUUCCCAUUUCUUCAGGUUUCUUCAUCUUCUUUGGAAGAGACUUCACGUCCAGAAGAAAGCGAUGCCUUGCGAAAGGAACAUUCAAGCACAUCUCAGGGUUCAACUCUUUCUACCAGUUCUUCUGGUUUAUCUGAUGUUUAUGGAAACCCUACACUUGAUGAAAAGAAAGCAAAUACUGACGUUACCAAUGCUAACAUGGUGCAAAGCAAGUCUUGCUUACUUAUACCCAAAGUUGAGGAACCAAACCUUGGAACUCAAACACGAACUUUGGAUGUCAUGGGUAGCAAAGAGAAGGUGAUAGUUAGUGAAGAUAACAGUAAAAGAUUGGAAUCCCAAACACUCAAGGGGAAUCCUGAACUCUUGUUGGCUGCAAAGGAAGGACUUGGACUUAGCAUUGGGGCAGAUGCGAGCAAACAAAAUGUCCAAAAUAUUUGUAAACAAGAGAAUCUUGCAGUUCCAGAAAGUACUAGUUUAUCUUUAAGCUUAAAGGAGCACCUUUUUCCAACUGUUUCAAGUAUGGAGAUUGAUGAGAGUCACCCAAAAUUUGAGAAAGCAGAGUCUGUCUCAUUGGAAUUAUCUUUAAGCAAGGAAGAUUGCAGUACUAGUUUGAAUACUGAUACUAAAAUUGAUAGUGAUACAACUCAUGUUCACGCUAACAGGGCAAAUUGGGAUCUGAAUACUACAAUGGAUGCAUGGGAAGAAUCUGAAGCUGAAGCUGGCUCAAGUAAAAAUUCUAUUGAUGGGCUGAAAAUUGCUGGCAGUUCACUUGAAGAAGAACAGUUAAUGUGCUCAACAGGGAUGAUGCCACCAAGUGUUGUGUCUGUAAAACAAGUGUGUGAAGAGAGUCAGAACAAAGCUUUCAUUGUUCCAUCUGGACUGUGUGUACAGCAGUAUAAAGUUAUAGACCCACGAAAUCUGUCAUUAAGAUCUUUUAGAUUACCUGUCAAAUUGAAUUCUGGGAGUGCUAUUCCCAGUGCAAGCUUGUCAAGUGUGGUAUCUACUGCUGGUGAUGUGAAUACUUCUAGUUUUAGGUCGGUAAAACCAGAACCAUUUGAUGAGAACUCGAAAAAGGAUUUGAAGGAAGCUAAUAUCCGUCCUGUUGGUUCGAUUGAUAGUGUGUCUGUUAAACAAGAACUUGUUCAGCAUUCGAAUUCCAAUGUCAAGCCUUCAAAGUUGCCAAAUUUUAGCAAUCUAAACAAAGAUGAUCAUCCUACAUUGAUUAAAUCAGAACCAGGUCAUGAGGCUAAUCAAGAAAGAUCUAAUGCAGCAGCAAGUAAAAUGGAUCUGUUGGAUAAAGGAUUGCCACGAGGGUCAGAUAAUUGUUCUUCUUCCAGCACAGUGCCAGUUACGAUGGAGACCUCACCAAUUUCUGCUGAGGCAGCUUGUCCUCCAAUUGAACCUAUGUGUACAUCAGAGUUGCGUACAACUAAAAAUAUAGUAAGUCAGGUUGAAAAUUGUACUCCGACGGAUGGGGUCAAUAUUGAUAAAGUUUGUCAUGGAGCUUGUUUAAAUGCUGAGCAGGUACCUCUAGAAACAGUUUCUGUACAGGUUGAUGGUGGUACAGAGUUGAAUGAUCCUGGCCUAGGAAAUUCUUCUGUUAUUACCAAGGAAGAAAGCGCUGCUGAUCAAGAUGUUUGCAGAAUGAAACAGAUGAAUGAGCACCCAUCUGAUCAACCAGACAGUGCUGAAGUCUGUGUAAGUGAUGAAGAAAAGAUAACCCUAUCACCUGAUAUGUUGGAGGAUGAUUCUUAUGAUUCUGAUUACGAUUCAGAUGAGAAUCGUGCUGUAACUAUUGCUGUGGAUACUGAGCGGUAUAUUGAAGAUGAUGAUUAUGAAGAUGGUGAGGUUCGGGAACCGUUGGAUCCUUCCACAGUGGAGGACACUAUAUGUGAGGUAAGAGAAGUAGAACAUCCUGACCCUAGUACUUAUGAAAAUAAACUGAUGGAAAAAGGGGAGGUGACUGGUGAUUGUCCCACUUCAUCUCAUGUGGAAAAUGAAAAUAAGACUACAGUCCAGAGUGAAGCAAGUAGCGAAGAUGGUCUGGACAUUGAAAUGCAUGAGAAGGCCAGUAAGGUCAUUGAUAAAAGUGUGUGUGUGCAAGAGUCAAUGGACGAUGAAAAGUCCACCAUUCCUGCUGAUGGGAAGAAGCCUGUUAAUGUUUUGCAAAAGAAGGCCCUAGAUCUUUCAGAGAGAAAACAUGUGUCCGAAGCUGUGGACACUGAAUCCCCUUCCAACCAGGCCACUAAUGGAAGCCAUGGGGUAGAUGUUAAAUGUGUUGAUGAGGUUGUCAAAACAACUGACAUAGUUAAACAAACGGACUUAGUUUUGCCAAAGAUGGAAGUGUCUGCAAAUGCUGAUGAUGCAAACAAAGAUGUUGGUAGUGGUAAUCAAGGGAGAAUCAUAGAUCUGUCUCGAGCUGCUAGUUCUUCAUCCCCUAGUAAAACUAGGCCUAUUUCAGGCAGGUCACUGUCUUCACGAGCUGGAAGAGAUGUACUUUCUGAGACACUUGACGGUGAUAAAUUACACAGAGGAAGAGAUGAAGUUUACAUUGAUGGCCCUCACAAAUUUUCAAGAGAAAGACAUCAAGAUAUGUCCCCUAGGAACUCUAGAUUGAACUUUGUGCGAGGUAGAGGAAGACUUAGUAGUAGAUUAGACUCACUUCGAAGUGAAUGGGAAUCUGACCGUGAAUUUUCUGGAGAAUUUUAUAAUGGUCCAAGUCAGUUUCGCGGGCCAAGGCCUAAAUAUGCUUCCACUAUUGCUGACACGGAGCUGGAGUACAAUAAUGUUGAUGGCUCAUACGUUGGUAAUGGUAGAUUGGGCAGAAAGCCCUUGAAUGAUGGCUCUUACAUUCCACCAAGGAGGAGGUCACCAGGAGGAAGAGAUGGCAUCCAAAUGGGUCAUAGAAAUCCAAGAAACAUUAGUCCAAAUAGAUGUAUGGGAGAUGGUUCAGACUUAGUUGGUGUGAGGCAUAGUGAGAAAUUUAUGAGAGGUUUUCCUGAGGACAACCUAGAUUCUAUGUUCACCCGUCCCCAAUCAUUUGAGGGACUGGAUGGUCGGUUUACAAGAGGAAGUAGGAAUUUUUCUUCCAUGCAGAGAAGGGGUCUUCCCCGAAUUCGUUCCAAGUCACCGAUCAGAUCUCGCAGUCGCUCACCCGGUCCUUGGUCAUCUCCGAGGAGGAGGUCUCCCAGAAGAAGAUCACCUGAAGGUUUUGGUGGACAUCCAGAAAUAACCCAUAGAAGAUCACCAUUAUACAGGGUGGACAGAAUGAGGUCCCCUGAUCGCCCUGUUUUCCCCACGGAGAGAGUGGUGAGGAGGCAUGGCUCCCCUUCAUUUAUGUCACGACCUUCUAAUGACAUAAGGGACAUUGAUUCUGCUGCAAGGGACCAUGGUCAUCCAAGGUCCGGUCGAAUUUUAAUCAGAAACAGGAGGUUUGAUGUUGUAGAUCCCCGCGAUCGUGCAGAAAAUGAUGAUGACUACUUUGGGGGUCCCAUGCAUUCUGGUAGGUUGCUUGAGCUUAAUGGUGAAGGAAAUGGUGAGGAGAGGAGGAGGUUUGGUGAGAGACGAGGCCCUGUGCGCUCAUUCAGGCCUCCUUAUAAUGCAAAUGUUGGUGAGAACUUUCACCUUAAUACUGAAGAUGGACCCAGACAUUAUAGAUUCUGUUCUGAUGAUUCAGAUUUUCAUGAAAGAGGGAACAACUUGAGGGAUAGGGACUUCGACAGACGAAUUAAGGGUAGGCCAGGAAAUGUGCCUCCUAGAAGAACCAGAAAUAUGGAUGAGCAGGAAGAGAAUUUCAGGCAUGGUGGACAAGUUUGGAGUGAUGACAGUUUUGAUGAUAUUUCACGAGUGAAGAGGAAAAGGUUUUGAUUUUCCCCUAAUCUAUAUAUACAAGUCUCCUGCUCGAGAUUGGAGAGGGAGAGAGGAGGAUGGUCAUGGAAUUUAUAUUUUGCAGGUUUUUCACCUACAGAAUUAGAUUAGAUUAUAAUUAUAAUAAUAUUAAUCCUUUAAUGGUCUUUUUCCUUACUUGACUAGCUUUAGCGUUAAGCCCAUUGAAAUGGCUGAAAUGAAAGCAGUGAUUGUAAAAGAAUGCAUCAAGUGUAGCCAGGUUGUAGAGGAAGGAAGUAGUUCUUAAAUGAAGGAAGGUGGUUGCUCUCACCAAAUAAUUUUAGUUGGGACAAAGUCCAUUCAAGAAUUCAAUGAUGGCCGCCAUAACAUGCUCUUGUCGUGUUAAAUAAUUUACUCCAGUGACGCUAUUCAAUGAUGCACAGACAUUAAGGUAAAUUAAACGUAUUAAAUUAAAGUGGUAUAAAAAAACAAGUAUAUUAUUAAAUGAAGAAAAAUUACGUAUUGUAUGGAUGAAAUAAAACCAAAACGUUUAUUUAUUUUUGU